AUGACACCACUUAAUAGUAAUUAUUCAGAAAAAUUAAAUGAAACAUUAAUUCAAGUUAUUUUUACGAAUACCCAUUGUCUUGAUUUAACUCUAUUAUUCAGUACUUCAAUAAAUGAUUCAUCAAAUUCAAUAAAAUAUUCUAUUACUUUUCGUUCAUUUGGAGCUGAAGCUUAUAGAUUUGGAUCCUUUUUGACUGGAAAUGAAACAAUUACGAUUAAUUAUAUUCAAUUAAAUGAGAAUAUUGAUUGUGCCGAUGGACUCUAUAUUACUUGUAUUUAUUAUAUCGAACCACGAUUCGAUCCCAUAUGUAAAGAUCUUAAAUUUGACGAUGGUAGACAUUCAGUAUCACCUUCGUACAAUCCAUUAUUUGUGCCGUUAAUGUAUGCAUUAAGUAUUUUUAUGCUCUUUCCUGUCAUAAUUCAACAUCAUCGUAAGAAAACGAAACUUUUACUUGCUAGACAACAACAAAUUCGUCGUCUCUCGUUAACAAUAACCAAUGUUGAUCCGAAUGAAAAUCAUGAACUAUUCACCAAACAAAUACUAUCUAAAAUAACAAAUCGUAAUUAUUUGAAUACUGCGACAACGUCAUUUUCAUCAUUAGAUAAAUAUAUUUCAAAUUCAUCUGAUCUCAUUGAUCAUAAUGAACAGGAAGAUGAUGAUGAUAAUAAUUGUCCUAAUGCCAACGAUAGUAUUGAACAUUUAUUGAGUAGUAAACCAUGGUUAACCGUUAAUGGCGAGCCAAUCAGUGAUCAACAAACAUUUUAUAAUCCAAAUAAUGAUUUACCACAACCGUUUAAUCUGUUCAAACAGAAUUCAUUCCCAUCAUCAAGAAAAAGACGAAGUGAAUCGAGUAUAAAUAAGAGUGACGAGCAAAUAUAUGAAAAUAAUUACACAAAUCGAAAAGAGGGUGAUAUACGAUUGCCAUUGUGUAUCGAUGAUAAUAAACAAUAUUUACGUCCAAAAUCAAAAGUCAACCUUUAUCUGUCAUCUAGUCCAAACCUUUUUGAAUCCGACGUAUAA